GGUUACUUGAUAGUAAGUAUAACUAUUUUUAAUUAAUAAUGAAUUAUAAACUAUUAUGUACGUGUAUUUGGUGGUUUACCGUAACAAUUACUUGUUCACCUUUAUCACAAAAUCGAACAAUUAGAGAGAACAAUAGUGAAAAAAUAUAUCAAAAUCAAGAUAUGAUUAAAUUUAUGCAAAAAUUUGGAUAUUUGGAUCAAGAUGGUCCCCAAGCAUUAACUGCCAAAGAUGAAUUGGUAACUGCUUUGAAAUUAGUACAAAAGUUCGGUGGAUUAGAACAGACAGGAGUAAUUGAUAAUGAUACAUUAAAGUUAGUGAAGUCAAAACGUUGCGGUGUACCUGACAUAUCGCUAAAACAAAAGAAUACCAAGAAUAAAAGAUUUGUUACACCUUCGAAUGGUUGGAACAAACGAACUAUUACUUAUUUUAUAUCUAAUUUUACCCCAAAAUUAUCACGUGCUGGUAUAACGAAUGAAAUUCAAAGAGCAUUUACAAAGUGGAGUCGGUAUAGUCGAAUCACUUUUUCAGAAGUAUAUAAUGCUAAUGCUGACAUUUUCAUUUCAUUUGGCAUUUCCAAUCAUGGAGAUCAAUUUCCGUUUGAUGGGCCUGGUAAUGUCCUUGCACAUGCGUUUUAUCCAACAGAACUUGGAUCUUUAGGCGGAGAUAUACAUUUUGACGAUAGCGAAGACUGGACAUUGGAUAAAUCUUAUAAAAAUGGUGUCGAUUUCUAUUCUGUGGCUAUUCAUGAAAUAGGCCACAGUUUAGGAUUGGGACAUUCGUCAGAACCCAAUUCUAUUAUGAAUCCCUAUUAUACGGGUCCACAACCUCAAGAUAUUGGAUAUGAUGAUAUAUUAGGAAUGCAUUCUUUAUAUAUUUCUAGAACUUUGCCCGAAGAUCAUGUGACUUUUGUACCAAGUACUAUUCAACCACAGCCGAAUGUACCUCACAAACCACAUGUACAUUGGUCUUUAUUUAGCCAUGAAACAUGUACAGAUGAUAACAUAAUAACACUAGAAUCAGUGACUACUUAUAAGCCCGAAGUCUCUACUCGUAAAAAUGAUAAUAUUGAUGAAUGCAAAGGUAAUUUUGAUGCUAUAUCAUGUUUCCGUGGAGAAAUUUUCGUGUUUAAAAACAGCCUAUUAUGGAGAUUAAACAACCCAGGAUCCAUACUACCGCGUUAUCCGGUACAAUUAUUAAGGUUUUUUCAAGUACUGGCAGAUUCCAACCAGACUAUUGUCAAAAUUGAUGCAGCAUACGAAAGACCGGACUCUAAUAUUGUUUUGUUUCAUGGCAAUAGUUAUUAUGUAUUCAAUGGAAAUCAUUUGAUAGAAAAUAGUCCAAGAUCUAUCAUGGAUUAUGGAUUUCCAMAUUUUGUUAAUAGAGUUGAUGCAGUUAUGAUACAUGGAUUACCACCAACAACUUAUCUUUUCAGCGGGGAAUAUUUUUGGUCAUAUGAUGAUCAACAUAAAUUGUUAUUACAAAGGCAUAGAUCAAUUAAAGAACAUUUCAAAGGCGUAAGAACUCCAAUAGAUGACAUUCUCACAUGGAAAUCUGGAGAUACAUAUUUCUUUUCCGGAAAUCAGUUUUGGAAGUAUAAUCAUAGUCACAAUAAGACGGAAGAAGGAUACCCAAAAAAUGCUGCAGAAUUUUUGCUCGGAUGUAAUAUUCUUAAUUUAUAGUUUUACUAUUAUUAUUAACAUUAUA